AGGAAGGUUGAGGAAGAAGAGUGAGAUUGGAGAGAUUAGAUAUAUAAGCAAAUAUACAGUGUAUAUAUAUAUACAGAGAGAGAGAGAGAUGGAGAUAGAGGAAGUAAACAGCUGUGAGUCACUCCCACUUCUGUCACUAAACCAUGUUUCUUUGUUGGUCAGAUCAGUGUGGACUUCUGUUAGGUUCUAUGAAGACGUCUUGGGCUUUUUCUCCAUCAAAAGACCCUCUUCUUUCAAUUUCCAUGGAGCUUGGUUAUUCAAUUACGGGAUUGGGAUACACUUUCUCGAGAAUGAGUCCAUUGACGACGAGUAUGACACAAACAACGAACCACGACCCAUUAAUCCUAAGGAUAAUCACAUAUCCUUUCAAUGCACUGACGUGGGACUCGUUAAGAGGAGACUGAAAGACAUGGGAAUGAAAUAUGUGACUGCUGUAGUAGAGGAAGACGGGAUCAUGGUGGAUCAAGUGUUCUUCCAUGACCCGGACGGGUACAUGAUUGAAAUAUGUAACUGUGAUAACAUACCGGUCCUUCCCAUCUCUUCUUGCCCAUUCAAGCUCAGGGACGGAAGCUAUAAGAAGAUGGGGGUGACCAAGUGUGGAUUGAUGGAGAAUGUGAUGAUGGAGAGCUUGAGCAUGGACAUGAUGAACUUCUCAUUCUAAGUUUGGGAUUGUUUUGUACCCUUCUCUUUGCAAUGCUUUGUGAUUUAAAGAAAAAAGGAAAAAAGAAAAAAUCAAUUAUUAUGUUGCUAUUAUAUUUGUGUUACAGGUUUUCAGGGUUUGGGGUUUUCAAUUGAUUGGAGAGCAUUAUUGUUCUGUUUUGUGGUGAGACACAUUGUAAGAUUGAAUCAAUGAAAUGUACGUACUUUAUGCUCUGUAUCCCUCGAGUGUCGAUGUGGACACAUCUAAAAUAUGUAAUUGAAACUGGGAUGAAAUAAAAUAAAGACACGGAUGAACA